CAAGCAGCUCCCCAAUCCCCAUGCAGCCAAAGCCCAUCUAACCAUUGAGUUACUCUCAGGUCGUCUGGUAUCCGUGUUUACUUCUGCACCAUACCUUCCUUGCGGAACUUCUGCAUUGAAGUAGUGACUCAAAAUUAAUUAACUUAAUAUUGAGAAAAGCAAAGAACCUUGGUGAACAAUGAGCAAUCAGUGGGUUGAGGGGUACACCCUCGAAGAAGUCGGGACCUCACACAAAGAUUACGGGUGGAUCGUGAGCAAAGUGAAAAAUUCUGGAGGCACGUUCAACAUCAAGAAGGUGUUUCGAAUCAAAAAUAGUUCCACUUGGAACGCCUAUAAGAUGACCCGUGAAACAAUCUUCUAUGAGAUGGGGAGGCAGACAGUGCCUGAGAAAAGGCUCUUCCACGGCUCUCCCUGGGCCAUGCAGAUUGCAGAACAAGGCUUCAAGAUUCAAUAUGCCAGAUCAAAUGGUGCCUGCGGAGCAGGAAUUUAUUUCUCCUCAAAAUCCUCUGAAAGUUAUACGUAUUCCUGCAAAAUAGGGAGCCAAACCAACGUCUAUAUGCUGGUGUGCAAGGUUGCCUUGGGCGUGACUGGUUUUGGAAGCAGAUUACAAGCUGGAACCCACAGCGUCAUUUCUGAUACCAAGCAUGUCAUUUACAAUGAGACACAGGCAUAUCCUAGCUACCUGAUUGAAAUCAGCUAAUACUGAAGACGCUCUCGGGAUUUAAUUAAGGUUGGCCAUUUGUUCCGGCCGUUCCAGCUCUCUUAAUUUGUAAGUUUUUUUAAUAAGACAAAAUUUUGGAACUGUAGAAUGGUUGCGUUGACAGUGCAAUUGUCCCUCUCUUUCUCCUUCAGUUCCGUUCUUACCUAAGCGGCAAAACCUAAUAACAUCAUGCACCAUCUUUACUAAUUUGCGCGGGAGACCUGUUUUACCUGAGAAAGCAAUAUUAUGUGUUUUGGUGUUUGAAUUAAACGCUCUAGUAGAGUCUACACAAAAAGCUAGUUUUUGGUAAUUAAAAAUCCUUUUCCCAUGGUGAGAAAAUGCGUAGCUUUGUAGUGAAAGCUGUGAAUUUUAGACUGAUAUAAUAUACAGAGCAAAAUAAUUACCUGGUUUUAGUAGACGCAAUCAUAUCAUUUGGUCCUGGUAGUGGUAAAAUUACAGCUUAACUUACACUAAUAUGCCUAAUUGAUUUUAUGACAUAUUGAAAUGUUUUAUAUCAGGAAAAUUAUAUAUUGUUUGUAAUUGAGGUUCUAUUUUCUUAUACAAUAUCUUAGGAAAAUAAUUGAUUUUCCAUAAGGAGACACGUAUAUCUACCAAAACUGACGCUUCAUUUAUAUAGUACAAAUUAUUUUAUAUUAGAUAUAACUGAUUUUGCUGAAAAAUGUUGGUGCAUUAAAAAAUCCUUUCGUGUCCCUGUGAUGGUGAAAAAAUACUAAAAAUUUGUUCUUAAAAGAAUUGCAAUAAUUGUAUAGUUGAAUUAUAUCACCCCUCUGAAAAUCAUUAAUUGAAAAAAAAUUAACACUAGCCACACUAGCAAAAAAAAAUAAUUUAUAGCAUGGUUUUAAGAUGCGCAACUAGAUCUACAUAAUCUUAUUUUUAUAUUCAAAGUAAAUUUUUAGACAGUAUUAUAGCAGGAACAAAACGAUUUCUUAGGUGGGUUUCAAACGGUUUGAUACUUCACGAUGCAUGCUCAUUUUGAAGGUACCGUUCCUCUUUCAAGAUUUAGGAAACAAACAACAUAGUCUUAAAUUCACAGUUCCAAACUGUGUUUGACAAUAUCUUAAAAGUGCAUUGGCCAAACACUUCAUUGGUAAAAUUGUUUUACCUAAGGUGUCAUACAAUUUAAAAAAAAAAUGAAAUUCAGGCUCACAAGCAUGCUAUUCAUUACUAAAUGACUUCUCUCUAAAAUGGCCUCAAUUACCAAACAAUAUCAAAAUCAUUAAUCAUUUGCAUUAAAAAUCAAUAUUAUGAAAUGCAAAAUUCAUUAAGUACUUUGUGACUUUUGUCUCCCGCCAUUAAAGUUAAAAUAAAUAUUUACAAUAGACUAAAAAAUGGUAAGAAAUUUUAUGACUGAAUGUGAGCUAGAGCUACAAAUAUUAUAGGCGAUGCAUAGAAAAC